AUGGUGACAGCGGCUCUCAACCAAGGUGUCGGCUAUGGCAUCGUCCUUGGCGUGGGCUUUCUUUUCGCCAUUGGCAUGAUCGCCACGACCUAUGUCCUCAAACGAUACAACAGGGAGCUCCAGACCUCUGAGAUGUUCACGACCGCCGGCAGAACUGUCAAGUCUGGUCUCGUCGGUUCCGCAGUCGUCUCAUCCUGGACUUGGGCUGCGACUCUUCUUCAGUCAUCCGGCGUAUGCUACAAGUAUGGUGUCUCAGGGCCGUUCUGGUAUGCAUCUGGUGCUACUGUUCAGAUUCUGCUCUUUGCGACGCUCGCGAUUGAGCUGAAGCGCAGAGCACCCAAUGCACACACAUUCCUCGAGGUUAUCAAGGCGAGAUAUGGCACAGCUACGCACAUCGUCUUCAUUGUGUUUGGCUUGAUGACAAACAUUCUCGUCACUCUCAUGCUGAUCGUGGGAGGUGCUGCAACAGUCAAUGCUCUGACUGGCAUGCACACCGUUGCUGCCAUCUACCUCCUGCCAGUUGGUGUCGUCGCUUACACACUCGUCGGAGGUCUUAAGGCGACGUUCCUCACUGACUGGGUCCACACCUUCAUCCUGUUGAUCAUUAUCAUCAUCUUCUCGCUCACGGCUUACGGCAACUCGGACGUGCUGGGUAGCCCCUCCAAGGUGUAUGACCUGCUUGUUGAGGCCGCACUGAGACACCCGGUCUCUGGCAAUGCCGAGGGUUCUUACUUGACGAUGAAGUCCCAGGGUGGCGUUGAGUUCUUCGUGAUCAACAUCGUCGGAAACUUCGGCACAGUCUUCCUCGACAACGGAUACUACAACAAGGCUAUCGCCGCCUCCCCCGUCCACGCCCUCCCCGGUUACAUCCUCGGUGGUCUGUCAUGGUUCGCCAUCCCCUGGCUGACGGCCACCACCAUGGGUCUCUCCGCCCUGGCCCUCGAGUCGAACCCCCGAUUCCCCACGUUCCCCGAGCGCAUGACCGAAGCCGAAGUCUCCGCCGGCCUCGCCCUCCCGUACGCCGCCGUUGCUCUCCUCGGAAAGGGCGGUGCAGCCGCGACCCUGCUGAUGGUCUUCAUGGCUGUCACCUCCGCCAGCUCCGCCGAGCUCAUCGCCGUCUCAUCCAUUUUCACCUACGAUAUCUACCGCACUUACUUCAAGCCCGACGCCAGCGGCAAGCGCCUUAUCUACAUGUCGCACGUGUGCGUCGUUAUCUACGCACUGGUGAUCAGCUCGGUCUCCGUCGGACUGUACUACAACGGCAUUUCCAUGGGAUAUCUCUACGUGCUGAUGGGCGUGCUCAUCUCUGCCGCUGUGCUACCUGCAACCCUGACCCUGGUCUGGAAGGGCCAGAACAAGUGGGCGGCGACGCUCUCUCCGAUCUUUGGUACUGCCUUUGCAAUCAUCGGGUGGCUCGUUACCGCUAAGAAGACGUGCGGUGCUCUGGAUAUCACUUGCACGGGCUCGAACAACCCCAUGUUGGCUGGCAACGUCAUUGCGUUGUUGUCGCCUCUUGUUCUCAUCCCGAUCUUCACCCUUGUCUUUGGAUUGGACAAGUAUGACUGGAAGUCGAUGAUGGCAAUUCGUAGGGGCGACGAUCACGACGUUGCCACCGAUGCGGGGCUCGAUCUCGAGGAGGACGUCCACGGUGGACGUCAAGAAACGCAGACUGAGUUUGAGCGCGAGCAAGCCAUGCUCUCGCGUGCCUUUAAGAUCUCCGUUUCCAUGACGGCCUUCAUGACCAUUGCGAUGCUCAUCCUGUGGCCGAUGCCCAUGUACGGCUCUGGCUACAUUUUCAGCAAGCCCUUCUUCACUGGUUGGGUCGUCGUCGGCAUCCUCUGGAUCUUCUGCUCUUUCUUCGCGGUUGGUCUGUUCCCUAUCAUUGAGGGGCGCGCGACUCUCAUCCAUACGAUCAAGUCGAUGGUCUCCGGAAAGAAGCCGACACGCCACAUCGCGACGCAAGGCGAGGAGCAAGUCACCGAGAAGAGCAGGCCGGGAACUGCGACACCAGAGAAGAAGAGUGAGGGGGGCAACGAGACGAUUACUUCAACUUGA